AUGUCCCUACAUCAACAUGAUCAGGUCUACGAGUCGGCGGUGCAGGACUUGGAGAAGGAGAAACAGAUGGUCAAGGCCUUGAAACGGUUGUCGAUUGGGCACUUGAUGUCGUAUGAUCCCGACCUACCACCGGGGUCUUUUGACGAGAUCAACCCCUACGGCACAGCUGCUUCUCCAUCUAACUCGCCUCCAACGUCUCCGCAGAGGAAAAAAUCCUUGGGAAGACCGCAGGAUGACGACUCCAGCAUGCAUAGUCCUCCGCACUCGAAAUCACCGUCUCCAAACAGAUUCAAAACUUUGCAUCAGUCGAGUCCUACUCGAAAUCACAACCCUUUGGAGCGAUCAGCGUCAACCUCAACCUCAAACUCAAACUCAGGUCCAAAUUUGAGUCCAAACGCAACAGAUCAUUUAAACGCCGUCAAUAGAAGCAAAAGCACCUAUAAUGACAAUGCUAGCAUCAGCACUUCAGAAAGCCAGGAUGUCUUUUACGAUGCCUCGGAAGACCAGGUCUACGACGCGUCGGGAAGCCUCAUGUGGGUCCCGGCAAACAUGCACCCGCAGGUUGAUCCCGAGUCUUUUCGUACCUUGAUCAAAUCUCAAGUGGAAGAAAUACUCGACAAAAAAUUGGCUAGAAGCAAAUCCCUAUCGCGGAAAUCAACAUUAUCGCGCUCGUCUUCGCUUUCCGAGUCAACUCUUGAUGACACUACUGAAAUCAACUCAUCUACAAACUCAAAACCGCAUUCACAAUCGCAAUCUCCUGAAAAGGAUACUUCGGAGCACAACUCGGCAGCUUCAGCCUCGUCGAGGUCGACCUCGGCGUCCUUGUCCCCGCUGAAGGACCUGUCCAAGCGUGAACUGUGGUAUGGCAGCCAAAAGAGAAUCCUGAACCCUUCUUUAAAGGAAUUGACCUCGGAGUUGCAGCAAUUAUCGAAAAAGGCCGGCUUGGACAAGUCGGAUGCCAUCACCGUUGCAAGAACAUUAUCGUCAAACUCCCUAGGUUAUACGGAUGUGGAGAAGAUGGCAUUUGACGAACUCAGCGAGCGAGACGAAGAUGCAGCCGCCCCAAACACGCUAUAUUUGCAGCAGUGUUUGCAGCAGAAAUUCAACCAAUCGAUGGCUCGAUUGGAUGAGGACGAGCGCGAGCGUGACCACCAGUGCCAACACCAAAGCGAGCACGAGCCCGAAAAUAUUGCAUCCAAUGGCAUUACCAGUGCUCCCGAUGCCAGAAGUGGCUCCAACAAUUUUGCAUUAAAACGAAGCCGAAGAACUGAUUAUCGAAAGCGCGACCAUGAGGUGCCGGUCGCGCCCCUGCCAGUCAACAAACCAAAGCAAGCACCUCUGAUCAUGUUGCCCAGUAUCCCGCAAAAGAAACCCAAUUCAAGAAGCUCGCAAUAUCUAUUCAGUUACAAGAGACCGAGCGAAAAUCCAGCUAAAGUUCCAGUUUCGGUGUCAGGACCUGUUCCAGGAGCAGGACCAGGACCAGUUGCAGGAGGCAAGUCGACUGCACUCGAGUCUCCUCAAGCAUUCGACGUGUCCUCCAAAGAAACCUUGCGCGCGGGAAUGGGUCAUAGUGCAUACAUGUCUGAAGCGACAAAUGUCAACUUCAGUCGUACACCCAUGAAGAAAACAAACGAUCUUGUGCCAAUAUCGAAUCCAUCUAUGGCCUCUUCUGCGAGAAAUGCCAUUCCCAAUGCCGCUGCAACCACCACUACCACCACCACCACCAACAACAACAACAACAACAACAACAACAACAACAACAACAACAACAACAACAACAACAACAAACACAGGAUGUCGCGUGAAGCUUGGAUGAGAGACGAGCAACGCAAUCGACAAAGUUACAAUCAUCGCAGACAAGAAAGAAAUGCAACAAAUCCUCAAGCUCAAGUGCCAUCGCAAGUGCCAGCGCAAGUUCCAGCGCAAGUUCCAGCGCAACAGCAAGUGCGUCCUUCCCUGCCACUGCUCCUUGAUCAGCUGCAAUUGACGAAUGGCCACGGUCCACACGGCCUACACCAUCACAAAACCUCGCACGACUAUCGCCAAGAUGGUGGAUCACCACGUCCCCACCAUAAUUCACACAAAGCAGCCCCAACGAUUCAUGUCACGCCAUCAAAAAGAUAUAGAUCUACCGACAAGUUUGUAUCUGCAUCUAACUCCAACAAGAGUGAUUUCAUGGUGCAGAUCCUUAAAUCUUCUAGCCGGGCUUUACCAGCGACUCCCACGAAGAUCAUGGACGGCAACAAGGUUCAAAGUGGUGCGCCAAAGUUGAACGACGUCACGUCGAACCACACUCUUUCUCUUGAAAAACGGCAACCUUUGACCACAAAGAGCGCGCAACCGCGUUCUCAACAAUUGCGUCAAAACUUGGAUUUGUUACGAUCGGAAAUUAACGAAUUUAAGGAAAGUCUAAACAAAAGUGAGGAGCAACAACAACAACAGCAACAGCAACAGCAAAAACAGCAGCAGCAGCAACAACAACAACAGCAAGAACAACAUAAACAACACUAUCAGCCGGUAUUGCUUAAACAAAAAAAGAGAGAACAAGCCAAAUUCGAUGAUUAUUAUAGAGCUCGUUUGCGUGACAAUAGUCAUGAAAAGAAAAACAUCACCGAGCCUAAUCAAUUUCAGCAACUGCGGAAUCACCAAGAAGACCCCACUAGCGGAGGAGGGCAGCACGCACAACCUGAUAUCAGUUUCGAUUUGAGCUACCAAGACUUGUCAACUGACGAUCCGUUGGGCAUUGCAUCGGACUUUACCGCAGAGCCGCCGGGAAAACUGAGUGACCAUUUGGUUGAACAGGCGAUGGAUAGGCGGUUGCCAAUGGCGCAGUUGGCACCAGAUGCAGACAUGCAAACUGGGAUUUUCGCAGGUAUCCCCACGGUGGAAAAGGAUUUGUACUUUGUGGAUGAGACAGAUACCGACAUGAAGGGUCCUGAAAUUUUCACCCAGGAAACCAAAGAAGUUGUCAAAUUGGAGCCGGAGAGAGUCUCCCUCGCUUCGAUCCCUCAGCAAAAGUCCUCUUUUGACAAGCAGGCACCGGAGCCUGAAAAAGUGGAUCCUCAUUCUUCUGCUUCUGCUUCUGCUUCUGCUUCAGCAUCCGUCAAGUUGAUCUCAAAGGCAACCAAGGUCAACACCAAGCUUUUCAACAAGACAAGCGUGGAGAUUAUCGACUCUAACAACUACCAAGGCAAGAUCAAGUCUCACAAGAAACAACACUCUGAAAAGACUGAAGACGAGACGCCCGCUCCGAAUUUGAGGAAAAAGAAGUCGUUUGGAUUGUUGAGCAACCAACCUGCUGCAGUAGGAGAGGACCAGUCCAAAUUGAAGAAGAAGAAGAGCUGGAUCUGGUCGAGAGACAGAUCGGCUAGUUUAUCUUCGAUUUCAACCGAUGCGUCCAACUUGCCUCCUCUACCAGCCGACAAAUCUUACUCGAGGUCGUUCUCGAGCCCAGAAGUCGGUAAGGACUCGAGAGAGUCCAACUAUUUCGAACCCAACCACAAGAGGCUGUCCUCGUCCCACUCUGAGAAUGCCGAGCAUUCGGACAAGGAAAAUGUGCUCUCGAAAUUGUUCAAGAAGAGAUCGAAAGCUAAUUUGGUUUCAAAUACUGACGAGUCGUCAAACCAUGCAUCUCGCGAUAGUCUCGAGAUGGGUGUCACUGUUGACUAUGAAUCUGAUCAAGACAAACCUUUGAAGAAAAAAUCAAGUGGGUUGUUCAAGAAAAAGUCCAAGGCGAAAUUGAUUGAUCAUUCUAGUAAGGAAAAACUGAAACCGCUGAGUCUUUCAGCAAAGACGUUGGUUGCAGAAAGGAAGAUCUCCACGGAGCAAAAAGGAGCACCCGAUGUGCAACAACCCCAAAUGGAUUUGGAAAGCGAGGCGGCCAAUGAAAAACCUGAUGUUGUAGCAGCGGUUGUGGAUGAUAACCUGCCUCAGGUUCAUCGUUUUAGUUUGAAAGAGCUCCAGUCGAAUGGUGCUGCUGCUGGUGCUAGAGAAGGAACCAAAGAAACAAUUAAAAUUGUGGACGAGGAAGCGUUGCCCGUAAAGGCCCGAGACCAAUCGCCUAGUCCUGCUGCCACCUCACCCAUUGCAAUUUCACAGGUACAACAACAUGAUGACAAAGAUACGAACGACAAUGCGCAAGUGGAAGUUGUCCAAGUAGAUGAAGUUGAACUCGAUGAAAAGAAAAUGAUCAAGAAGAAGCUGACCUUGAGGAAGCACAAGCGCAACCGUCACAAGAAGAAGGACUCGCCAAAAUUAGGCGAACCCGUUUCGCCUACAAAAGCCAUUGCCGAGUCACCAGAAGCCCUUGCAGCAAAAGAACAACUUCAAAAACAGGACAUUCAAGAAAAACUCAAAAAAUCGAUACGCCGUACAUCAAAGGCAAAUCAGCCGAUUGAAUUUACAGAUUCGGCAUUUGGGUUCCCGCUUCCACCCCCGUCACAAUCAACCAUUGUGAUGCUCGAUUACAGGUUCCCCGUUCACGUUGAGCGUGCCAUAUAUCGUCUUUCGCACCUUAAGCUCGCCAAUCCCAAGAGAUCGCUUCGGGAGCAAGUAUUGUUGUCGAAUUUCAUGUAUGCGUACUUGAACUUGGUUGAUCAUACUCUUCAUAUGGAACAUAUAAGCGAAGAUGGAGGCAGCAGCAAAGCCGUGGGAGAAACUGAGCAAGAAGGAGCUGAAGUUGAGGAGAUCUCGCUUGCUAUGGGAGAAACUGAAGAGCACCACGAGAGCAUGAACGGGUUUGGUGGGAACGAGAUGAUUUUUGAAGAUGAAGAUAUGAUUAAUCCUGAAGCGUUUGAAAUGAGGAGAGCAAGUGACGAAUACGAGCAUGUCGACGAUAUUGAUGACUACGAUGAAGACGAAGAUGAAGAUGAAGAUGAAGAUGAAGACGAGGAUGGAGAUGAUGAGGAUGAUGAUGAUGAAGAUGAUGGUGAUGACGACGUUGAUGUUGAUGUUGAUGGUGACGUUGAUGGUGGUGCCGCUUCUGAUGCGAUUUCAAUUGACUUGGACGAGGACGAAGCAAAUAGAACCAAAGCUGGACCUUCACAAAAACAGACAGCGAUUUAUAGAAAUCCCGAAAUUACAGCAUAA